AUGUCGACAAGUCGGUUUGAACCCUCGUCUAUAAAAAACAAAGUGAAGCGCGAGGAAGUCGCGCGGAAACAAAAGAAGCAGAAGCGACAGGACAAGCUUCAGCGCAGACUUGCUCAAGCAAAGGUGGAGGCAGAUGAUCCUGUUGCGAAGAAGAAACGACGGGAGCAGAACGUACCUCGAACUUUGGAUAACACCCGAGAAUUCGAUCCAUCUUUCCUCACUGCCAACUCUGCUUCCUCGUCGAGUACUACCGCACAGCCCGAAGCGUCCUCAUCAUCCAAUGUCCCAGAUCAUGGACAGGCGCACCCUUCGGAACACCAGCCGCAAGACGAGUCUGCCGCAGACCUUGCCAAUGACUCCUUCGCAUCAUAUUUCUCCGGUGUUGCCGAUCCGACCCUACCGCCCAAGGUGCUCAUUACGACGUCGCCAAAGGCAACGCGUGUAACAUACGACUUCUGCGACGAGCUAGUCAACAUUUUUCCUGGCGGCGAGUUUAUUCGCCGGAAGAAGGGGAAAGGGUUCGAAAUGGGUAGAAUUGCGGGUUGGGCGGCGGGCAGAGGUUACAGCCAUUUGGCGGUGGUCAAUGAGGACAUGAAAAAGCCCAAUGCUGUGACCAUUGUGUACCUGCCCGAUGGGCCCACCGCGUACUUCAAAUUGACGUCCAUCGAGCUGAGCAAAAAGAUCCGCGGUCAUGCGCGGCCAACCGAGCAUUUUCCAGAACUUGUCCUCAACGGGUUUGUAACGCGGCUAGGACACAGUGUCGGUCGCCUGUUCCAAACCCUCUUUCCGCCCAUGCCGGAGUUUCAAGGUCGCCAGGUAGUGACUCUGCACAAUCAGAGAGACUUCCUAUUCUUUAGACGGCAUCGAUAUGCUUUCCGUUCGACAGAGAAGGUUGCUCUUCAGGAGAUCGGCCCGAGAUUCACUCUCAAGCUUCGAUCACUAAAGAAAGGCUUGCCCGCCGUCAAAAAUCUCGGUGAACCGAGCAAAACCCUUGAAUUUGAUACAUUCGAGGAAGGUACGGAAGACGUUGAGAUGGCCACCAAUGAUCCGAAGGAAGACGGCAAAGGGGAAGAAGAAGUGGACAAGCAGGUAGAAGUAGAACCCAAGUCAAAGAAAGCUGUACCUCCAACGGAAGACGAGUACCAGUGGAUAUGGAAGCCCGAGUUGGAGACUACGAGGCGUACAUUCUUCCUUUGA